CGCAGUGGCAGGGCAAAUAUUUGGGAUCGCAGCUUUGGUUCUCAUGCUGGUUUGGCUCCUCCGUUUUCGGGAUGGCCUUAAUCUCAAUUCCCACGACCCGAACCGGGUUUUCAAUGUUCACCCAUUCCUAAUGUUCUUUGGAUUCAUGUUCUUCUUGGCUCAAGGUCUGGUGGUAUACGACGGAAUCGUGUGCCGAGUGGUUGCAAUAGGUUUGGGCGGUGUGGGAAUUCGCGCGGCUAUAAAAUCCCAUCAUAUGCUCAACUUUGGGAGCCAUAUGAGAAGCUUACAUUCUUGGAUUGGCAUCGCCGCUUUCUCCCUCUUUGUCUUGGAGUUUGCGCUCGGUAUCCUCAUCAAGUGUUGUGGAGAUGCAUCGGAAAACUCGAAGGAAAAGCUGAGGAGAAGCGGUCCAGCAGGGCGGGGGGCACUGUACAUGGCGACAUGUGCGGCGGUCAGCGGGCUGAUGGAGAGGUCCGCCGCAAUGGACGACCUUGACGGCGGCGGCGGCCGUAGCCAUCGGGAGUCCACCAUUAUCAACGUCCUCGCACUAUUUAUCCUUCUCUUCGCCGUAUCAAUUGAUAAAGCCGUCUUUUAUGCGGUUGCGGUUAAUGCACGCGCCGAUCGCCUGCCGGCGGCGUGAUCGAUCUACCCCAUUUUUUAAUCAUAAUUUAAUCUCUCCGGCCAUCUUCAUGCAUGUAAUUUGUCUCUUUAAUUAAUUUAGUUUCAAAGACACAAUUAAUAGAUACUAGGUGUGUUUUGUUUGACAACGUUACUAUUUAUAUGAAUAUAAUUGUUAAAAUGGG